ACCACCACACUAUCGCCAGGCUCGGGCCACGCCAGAAGAUGCAACGACACAGAGAAGGAUUACUGCGUGAAUGGCGGCGACUGUUACUUUAUACAUGGUAUCAAUCAGCUCUCCUGCAAGUGAGUCCUCGCCGCUAUUUCAGGAUUUGACCUAGUGCAACAUUUGAUGGUAUUUUGAACUGUACUUGGACAAUUGUCUUUGUUUUCAGCCUCUGUCUUCUUUCCUUCUUGUAAUGAGAGAUCAAUUGCAGGAUCAAGACUCCAGUCAUGUCAAGUGAUUUCAAACCCUCUUCUCCAACAUAUCAGAGCCCUAUUCCCUGUCUCCAUCAUAUGAUUGUAAUCUCCAUCUAUCCCCCCAUUCAUCUUCCUCUUAGCAUCCCUCCAGCCCCCUCUCUCUUACAGGAGGCCCGGCAUAGCAGAAGAGUACAGGAAGGCACUGCCAGUAUGUAAAGAUGUCUAUUGUAGGGGUUUGUGUCUCUUUCAUGUAUACUUUGGUUGCUGAUAAGGAGGAUAGAUUGUGGUCUGCUCAUCAUUCUCAGCCCACGUUUAGCGUGCAGGAGCCUCACACAUGAAAAGGCCUUUAGAAAUGUCAUGAUUCACUGGUAUUGUAAGGAACAAAUAUUUACGCCAGUCAGAGGCCUCGAGCGAGCUAAAGAGAAUUGUUGUUUACAUCUCAAGACCUUUGAAACGAGGGUCAGAUUUACAACAUUGGUUUUAAAUCAAGUGCGCUAAAAACAUUUUGUUUUUGGAAGAUAAAUGUUUUUCUCUUGAUUGUGAAUGUGGCAACGAUGAGCUGAUUAGCUUUCUAGGUAAGAUUCUGCUUCAUGUGUACUGGAUGUACUAGCUAUAUGCUAGUUUGAACGUGUUGAUGUGCAUUUGAAUAUUUAUAUGUUGAAAUGUGUAGGUGUGCAGAAGCUGUAGUAUAACAGCAUAUGCAAGAAUGUACAUAGAGUAUAUGCGUUUGUAUACUGGGUGUUGGCCUUGCAAAAGACAAGUCUUUGCAGCAAUUUCAGAACAAGUAAAUGUUUACGGUGCUGUAAUCCUGCAUAGUAACAGUUUGCAUCAAUAUGACAGCCUGUGCCAGGGAAAGAGUGGUGUGCUGUUGUGUUUUACAUCUCUACAGCUACAGUAUCACCUAUUAUAGUGUGCUUUGGUCCAUGAUGUAAAUAUCACAUAUGCUUCCAUAUUUGUCUAAGGUGAAGAAUGGUGUGCAGGUCCACUGGCCAGCCGUUGUGUGUGUUCAGCUGGCCCCAGGAACACUGUUCAGCAAGCAAUGAGGACAUGGCUGCAACAGCCAUUCGAUAAGCUGUGUACAAAUUGGAGGGAGCAAUAACUCAAUUGCUGCAGCUAACUCACUCACGGUUGAGGCACGGGUCCAAAAAAGUCGAAUAAUGCAGUGGAGGCCUGCAGGGAAUUGUUGCCCCAAAGCCAUCUCAUUCAAUAUAGGCCAGGCUUCAGCGGGUAUUACUCACCGUCUGAACAAGUCCAGCUGACAGCUGGCCCUAUUGUUAUGCCCUUGACUUUGAAGUAUAACGUUCUUUAGAGGGAAGGAAAAGUUUUAACGAAUGACCCUAUAGGUAAUUAUGUCCCUGACAUGUAGCGCUGUAUUUCAUAAUACACAAUAUCAGCCACAUCAGCAAUGUCUGCUCGAUAAGGAUUCCUGCAAGUCAGGGACAAAAAGACGGACGGGAACAGUGAAUGGCAUGAAUCAGGAUAGAGUACGAAAGCUCUGUUAUGCUCUGCGCAAUAGGUUGGAGGUACAGUACAUGUAAGACUCAACAGGCCAUUAUUCUUCAUGAAGGAUAAGGGACUCCCUAAGGAGAAUACUCAUCAGAUAUCUGACUGCUAACUGCCUUUGGGUUCAAUACUGUCAAUUUAGUCUAAGGGAUUUGUUCUGCCUAAAUGCUAGUGGGCUAUGUAUGGGUGUCACGUUCGUUGAACGACUGGUUGAACCAAGGCGCAGCGUGAUAUGCAUACAUGUUUAUUUGAACCGAAUAAACAACGACAAAACAACAAACUAAACGAAACGUGAAGUCCAAGGUACACAUCAACAUACCUCACACGGAACAAGAUCCCACAACCCACUAGUGCCAAUAGGCUGCCUAAUUAUGGUCCCCAAUCAGAGACAACGAGCGACAGCUGCCUCUGAUUGGGAACCACACCGGCCAACAUAGAUCUAGACAUACUAGACUAUAAACAUAGAUCUACACCACAUAGGAAAUCACACCCUGACUCAACAAAUAAGAGUCCCCAGAGUCAGGGCGUGACAGUACCCCCCCCCCCAAAGGUGCGGACUCCGACCGCACAACCUUUACUUAACAGGGUAGGGGCCGGGUGGGCAUUCCACCUCGGAGGCGGAUCCGGCUCCGGGCGUGACAACCACCUAUUCUCCGCCUCCCUGUUGCGCCCCUGGUCUGGUCUGGACCUCGGCGCACUGCUUCCCCUCUCCUUCCUCCCACUAUACUCCAAGCCCUGUCUGGACCCUGGUGUGGGAGACCCCGAACCUGGAGAGGGGCUGACGUCUGGGUCUGGACUAGAGCCGCUGACCGGAGCUGGACCAGGCACCGGUGGAGCGGACUGCUCAGGUUCCGGACUGGAGCCGCUGACCGGAGCUGGACUGGGCACCGGUGGAGCGGCCUGCUCUGGCUCCGUAGUGGAGCCGCUGACCGGAUCUGGACUAGACCCCGGUGGAGCGGACUGCUCUGGCUCCGGAGUGGAGCUGCUGACCGGAGCUGGAUUAGGCACCGGUGGAGCGGACUGCUCUGGCUCCGGAGUGGAGCCGCUGACCUGGAUCUGGACUAGACCCCGGUGGAGUGGACUGCUCUGGCUCCGGAGUGGAGCAGCUGACCGGAGCUGGAUCAUGCACCGGUGGAGUGGACUGGUCUGGCUCCGGACUGGAGCAGCUGACCGGAGCUGGAUCAGGCACCGGUGGAACGGGCACGGGCCGUGCCGGACUGGACACACUCACCACUGGUCUGGUGCGAGGAGCGGGCACGGGCCGAACCGGACUAGGAACAUGCACCACUGUCUUGGUGAGAGGAGCAGGAACAGGCCGGGCCGGACUGGCGACACGCACCACUGGCUUGGUGCGAGCAGCGGGAACAGGCCGGGCCGGGAACACGCACCACUGGUUUGAUGCGAGGAGCAGGAACAGGCCGGGCCGGGCUGGCGACACGCACCACUGGCUUGGUGCGAAGAGCAGGAACAGGCCGGGCCAGGCUGGCGACGCGCACCACUGUCUUGGUGCGAGGAGCAGGAACGGGUCGGGCUGUACUGGGAACACGCACCACUGGCUUAGUGCGGGGAGCAGGAACGGGCCGGACCGGGCUGGCGACGCGCACCACUGGCUUGGUGCGAGGAGCAGGAACAGGCUGGGCCGGGCUGGCGACGCGCACCACUGGUUUGGUGCGAGGAGCAGAAACAGGCCGGGGCGGGCUGGCGACGCGCACCACUGUCUUGGUGCGAGGAGCAGGAACGGGUCGGGCCGUACUGGGAACACGCACCACUGGCUUAGUGCGGGGAGCAGGAACGGGCCGGACCGGGCUGGCGACGCGCACCACUGGCUUGGUGCGAGGAGCAGGAACAGGAUGGACCGGGCUGGCGACGCGCACCACUGACUUGGUGCGAGGAGCAGGAACGGGUCGGGCCGUACUGGGAACACGCACCACUGGCUUAGUGCGGGGAGCAGGAACGGGCCGGACCGGGCUGGCGACGCGCACCACUGGCUUGGUGCGAGGAGCAGGAACGGGUCGGUCUGUACUGGGAACACGCACCACUGGCUUAGUGCGGGGAGCAGGAACGGGCCGGACCGGACUGGCGACACGCACCACUUGCUUGGGUUCCUUUAUUAACCCCCGCUCCUUCUGCUGCCUAACCAGCUCCUCUCGCCGUGCCUCUACACUUUCCUUCUCCCUUUUAGCCUCCUGUAGCGCCUCCCUCUCAGAGACAACGAGCGACAGCUGCCUCUGAUUGGGAACCACACCGGCCAACAUAGAUCUAGACAUACUAGACUAUAAACAUAGAUCUACACCACAUAGAAAAUCACACCCUGACUCAACAAAUAAGAGUCCCCAGAGUCAGGGCGUGACAAUGGGUUUGCUUGGUUUAUGUUGAAAGAAGAUAUUUAAUCCUGUUUAAACACUCAAACCGAUUUUGAUUUGUUUCAAUAUGUGCUCUAUAAGUGUGUUAUUUUAUGAGGACUGAGUUCAACAUUUGUUUAUUUUACGGAGACAGUCAUUUCUCCAGAAGCCCUUGUUGUGUGAUCCUCAGGUUAACAUAUCACUCAGUAAGAGUAAUUUGGCAAGGAAUAGCAUAAUACUCCUGGGAGGCAUUUUGUAAAUCUCAUAAAUCAUGAGGAAUUGCUUCUGUUGGAUUGGCGGUCCCGUUGGUGGAGAGAGAGUGUGACAUUUUGGCACCGCUCAAUGAACAGCACAUCCUGAUUUGAAAGGAUUAUGGGAGAGGGGGGCAGAGGAGUCAGAAGAAGAAGAAGAAUAGAAUGAUUGUGGGAGGGGCUGCUGCAGCGUUUUUGAUUAAGUGGACAGGUGUCCCCAUAAAUAUGGUUGUGGUGGUUCAAGAGCAAACUCAACAGAGCUUUCCAACAUGAGACGUGACACUGUAACUCUGUGAGUCAACUGUCUUUACCAAAUGAAAUGCACUCUGCUGAACCAGACAGGCAGAAAGAGGAACGAACAUCAUGGCCAAUUUAUGUGGUUGCUAUAAGAUAAAGUGCAGAGGCCGGGGGCCUCUUUCUUUUAAAAUGUUUUUCUUAAUAAAGUUUCAAAAUAUGAUUACACUACUACACGUGACCCAAGUCAAACGACGGAGGGCUAUUUGCAAGCCCACGUGAAAAAGGAAGAGGUCAAGAGGGUAGAAAGAGAGAAGGAGAGGGGGAUGGUGUGAUUAGAGGGGGUUGUUUCGUCCCUGUGGGUCGGCCUCCCCCUGCACCCCUCUACCUGUACAUGUAAGUUGUAUACUUGAAAUGUUUUUUUGUUCCCUCAAUUAUUUUUCACUGCCGUAUGAACGUAUGUUUAUAUAUAUAUAUAUGUAUGUGUGCAUAUAUAGACAUGAUUAUUUUAUUUUGCUAUAGCAAAUACAGUGUUUUAUAAGCCCAUGUGGGCUGGGCAUCCUGAAGAUGCAUGACACUAUAAUAAUAAAAUAAAUAAAAUAAAAUCAUGUAGGCCCACCCCUCUGGCACUCUCAAUCAGGGCAACAUUGUUUCCAUGACCUCUGCCUUCCUCACCGGUGUACCUGUCAGUUAAAGCCUGUCUGCAACACGGAGGGGGAGGUGGGGACGGGCGGCAUUAUAUCCGCAGAAUUUUAGAUAUUCAGAGAGAGGGAGCGGAAGAGAGACUGAAAAAAAGGGAAUGCUUUAGUAUUUUGAACAGUGUACCCUCCUACUCACUCUCACUCUGCCAGCCAUGUUUUCCUCUGGCUGUUUUAUAAAGUGCCAUCCAAUGCAAAGGCACAGUUUGUUAAAGUGAUGGUUAACUCCAGAAUCCAGACGUUUUCAGCCCUUCAAAAGUUGUCUAAUGUUGAGAUGAGUCCAUGUCCUACAGUGUCUGUUGUUCGAUCCAGCUAUAUGCCUCAAUCCCAAUAUUUCAAUUUCUAUGCUUCCACGUUCCUGAUUAUUUAUCGACAGAUGCCGUUGGGUACUGCUGCAGUUGGUUUGCUAAGAACUGGUGGUGUGGAAAUGUUGCCUUAAUGAGUAUAAAUUAACCUACGAGUGUUAAUUUGUUUGAACUCAUGACACUAUUGAUUGUUAGAUGAUACAGCAACAAAGAAGUCCUCAUGGUCAACUGCCUUCUGUUCAGCAAGAGACAUUCACACUUGUUGAGCGGCACUAAUUGCUAACCCAAUUACUUUACUAAGCAAGUAAACCAAAACCUAGUAAUGUUUUUGUAAUAUAUAGCACACUGAGGCAGGGAUGCCGGUAGAAGAACCAUGUUUCUGCCCCACCAUAAUAUUGCAUAUUGUAAUGUAACCUCUCUCAGGCCUUCACCAUUAACGUGUGUACAGAGUUCAGUGCUGUGUUUUCCAUAUCACGUUGUACCUCUCCUCCUCCCCAGAUGUCCGGAUGGAUACUUCGGCCCGCGGUGCUUGCAGACUGAGCCGUUACGAUUGCGCAUGCCCAAUCCUUACAAAAGUAUGUUCACAUGACACCAACAGCUGAGAACAGAGUCACGGUUGUCACUGUGUUACCUCUAUAGUCCUCCUCUUCCUUCUCCUCCUCAUCCUCCUCCCUCUCAGGUCAACCAAAGCCAUGGGUGGUGUGCGGCACAAUGGUGUCACCGGUGGGAUCACUCUGCUUCUACUGUCCGUGGUGUUGCUGCGGUUCUAAUUCAGUGUUUUUCUGCUUCUCUCUUUCUUUGUCUCUCUCUCUCGUUCUCCCUUCACCUCCUCCCUGUCUCUUGUGCAUAUCCUCUCCCCCCCCCACCCGUGCUCUCUCUCUCUCUCUCUCUCCCUCUCUCUCUCCCUCUCCUCUCUUCUCUCUCUCUCUCUCUCUCUCUCUCUCUCUCCUCUCCCUCUCUCUCUCUCUCUCUCUCUCUCUCUCUCACUCCUUCCUCCCUUCCUCCUCCCUCUCUUUUUGCGGUUUUGUUUCCUUCCAUCAGGUGUCCGAAUGACUUUACUGGUGACCGCUGUCAAAACUACGUCAUGGCCAGUUUCUACCGUAUGUCCAUUUCCUCUUCUGUCUGUCCUGUCCUGUCCUGUCUGUCUGUCCUGCACGUUGACUUGAGGCAUGGGCGCCGUGUUGUGUUGCCCUUCAUAGUUGUUAUUCUACCAUCUGUGUCUGUUGACUCAUCAAUUCAACUACCUUGUCCCGUGGCGAUGCUCCCCUCAGACCAACACCGUUCAUUUGUUGAUGUUCUAAUUUUAGAACAAAUUACUGCAUUAGAGAGAAUUAGCAUAGCGAUGCAUACACUGGACGUCUGCAUGUGACUUGGUACUGAAUGUCCUUGACGUUAAUAUGUACAGUAAUUGCAUGUGCUCUGCUAGAAAUAACCCUAACUGAGUUGGAUUGCUGAGUGUACCUCCAGAUAUUUGAAAACUCUACUACUAGUUGACUGCACGGCAGCGCAGUCUAAUGAAAAACACAUGAUACAAUAUCAAACCCUCCCUAACAACAUGACAAUAAUGCUUGUAUGAUAUCGAAUCAAACACAUUAAUUUGUGAUAAAAUUAGUGCUGAUCCAUGGACAGAAAGACCCUGAUUUAUAUUGCAUUAGUUAUCCAACAUGUAUGUCAGGUGACAUGGCUGUUAAGAAUUAGACUGAUGACACCUGAUUUAGCUUAAUGACAUUGCUAAUUGUAAUACAAAUUGACUAAUUUUCUAAUUUAUUUGUAUCUUUUGUCAAUUAGUUAUUGAUAAGACAAACUAUCCCAGGGUCAUUUUUGACUAUCCGUUCAUGUAUCAUCUCUAAAUCCCAUGGGAAUGCAAUAAACAAAGUCAGCAUGUAGGCAUUGCAUCACUUUAUACGGAACAUGCUGGUCUUUAUAAAAUGCACAGGCAGUUUACAAUGACAACACCUGCCUUUACUAGUCACAUCAUGGAUCAGGACAUGUAUGUAGAAUGCCAUUCUCACAGUUGUUUUCCCUGACCACACACAAAAUCUCUCUUAGCUUGCCCUGCAAUACUCUUCACUGUUUUUGUAUGAACAAGUCCCAAGCUUUAGCAGCAGCAGAAUGCCAUCCUCACCGUAAAACAACAGACCCUGGCUGCCUGCUCUCACAGAGGUCCCCCUCAGCUCUUAGUUCCUGCCCUGUAAUUACAGUGCAGUAUUGAAUAGAACUAGUGGCCCGGGGCGACAGACUUAAACCCUGUACCGGCGCUCCACGUUGGCAACCCCAGCAAGGAUGUCCGUCAACCUCACAAUUACACCCAGAUUAGAGAGAGGCAUGUGGAGAACUUGAGCUCGGCAGCUCAUGCCUUGAAGCUAUUGGCUCUGAUGUAUGUCCGCACACUGUGUGGGAUCAUGCCUUUGUGCCCCACUCAAUGUUGCUAUGUACCCCAGUGUUUGCACUUCAACUUCUAUGUUGUUAACUAGUAUUUAUCCGUGAGUAGAUUUUUAAAGGGCAGUUUAUGUAUCCAAAAGAGAUUUACAUUAACAAAACAUAAAUCUGUGUCUGCUUUCUUGUAGCUCUUCAAAUGUCACGUAGGGUUCUCUAGUUUCGCAUGAACAAAAGGGGAAAUGUACGAUAUGCAAUUACAAAAGUCCACAGUAUAUGAUUAAACAUUGGGCCUGUUUCCAAUGUCAUGUCAUGGCAUAUGAUUUAUAGUAUUGCAAUAUUGUAGUUACAGUUGGGGGGAAAAGUAUUUAGUCAGCCACCAAUUGUGCAAGUUCUCCCACUUAAAAAGAUGAGAGAGGCCUGUAAUUUUCAUCAUAGGUACAAGUCAACUAUGACAGACAAAAUGAGAAAAAAAAUCCAGAAAAUCACAUUGUAGGAUUUGUAAUGAAUUUAUUUGCAAAUUAUGGUGGAAAAUAAGUAUUUGGUCACCUACAAACAAGCAAGAUUUCUGGCUCUCACAGACCUGUAACUUCUUCUUUAAGAGGCUCCUCUGUCCUCCACUCGUUACCUGUAUCAAUGGCACCUGUUUGAACUUGUUAUCAGUAUAAAAGACUCCUGUCCACAACCUCAAACAGUCACACUCCAAACUCCACUAUGGCCAAGACCAAAGAGCUGUCAAAGGACACCAGAAACAAAAUUGUAGACCUGCACCAGGCUGGGAAGACUGAAUCUGCAAUAGGUAAGCAGCUUGGUUUGAAGAAAUCAACUGUGGGAGCAAUUAUUAGGAAAUGGAAGACAUACAAGACUACUGAUAAUCUCCCUUGAUCUGGGGCUCCACGCAAGAUCUCACCCCGUGGGGUCAAAAUGAUCACAAGAACGGUGAGCAAAAAUCCCAGAACCACACGGGGGGACCUAGUGAAUGACCUGCAGAGAGCUGGGACCAAAGUAACAAAGCCUACCAUCAGUAACACACUACGCCACCAGGGACUCAAAUCCUGCAGUGCCAGACGUGUCCCCCUGCUUAAGCCAGUACAUGUCCAGGCCCGUCUGAAGUUUGCUAGAGUGCAUUUGGAUGAUCCAGAAGAGGAUUGGGAGAAUGUCAUAUGGUCAGAUGAAACCAAAAUAGAACUUUUUGGUAAAAACUCAACUCGUCGUGUUUGGAGGACAAAGAAUGCUGAGUUGCAUCCAAAGAACACCAUACCUACUGUGAAGCAUGGGGGUGGAAACAUCAUGCUUUGGGGCUGUUUUUCUGCAAAGGGACCAGGACGACUGAUCCGUGUAAAGGAAAGAAUGAAUGGGGCCAUGUAUCGUGAGAUUUUGAGUGAAAACCUCCUUCCAUCAGCAAGGGCAUUGAAGAUGAAACGUGGCUGGGUCUUUCAGCAUGACAAUGAUCCCAAACACACCGCCCGGGCAACGAAGGAGUGGCUUCGUAAGAAGCAUUUCAAGGUCCUGGAGUGGCCUAGCCAGUCUCCAGAUCUCAACCCCAUAGAAAAUCUUUGGAGGGAGUUGAAAGUCCGCGUUGCCCAGCGACAGCCCCAAAACAUCACUGCUCUAGAGGAGAUCUGCAUGGAGGAAUGGGCCAAAAUACCAGCAACAGUGUGUGAAAACCUUGUGAAGACUUACAGAAAACGUUUGACCUGUGUCAUUGCCAACAAAGGGUAUAUAACAAAGUAUUGAGAAACUUUUGUUAUUGACCAAAUACUUAUUUUCCACCAUAAUUUGCAAAUAAAUUCAUAAAAAAUCCUACAAUGUGAUUUUGUGGAUUUCUUUUUCUCAUUUUGUCUGUCAUAGUUGACGUGUACCUAUGAUGAAAAUUACAGGCCUCUCUCAUCUUUUUAAGUGGGAGAACUUGCACAAUUGGUGGCUGACUAAAUACUUUUUUCCCCCACUGUAUCUGCAGUGCAUACCUGUCAGCAUCAUAGAGCCCCACGGUGGAGGUGUCUUAAUACCCAUACAACCUAGCGGUCAAACAGGGAAAUGGUUCCAAUCAUUUUUACAACAUUAAUUUUUCCCAUAGGGAAUUUUAGAAACGCUUCAAAUAAGGGCUGUGUUUCGUGUGGGCUUACCCUGGUGUGACGUUUUGAUAACCAUGUAAAUCUCUCUCAGACAAGGUGACUUUUAUCAAUAUAUUUGGCUCUAUUUACUCUCAGAUUCAAAAAUGCUAAUUAGCGUCUACAAAUCCCUGCAAGGUCCUGCACGUCAUCUGUAGCUGACACCUUUGCUAAAAGAUAUUGUGUCAAUUUAAAACUUGCACAAGACAGUUCACAGAAUUGUCAAUUUAAAGAGAUGUAGCCAAUUUAGUCAUUACUACAUUUAGCUAACAUUAGAUAGUUGAUCCAGAGAUUCUUACCUUUGCCUCGAUUCGGCAGUCUCGUCCAGAUGAUCAUGACAUUUGUAGUUCUUUAUGAUAGCCACAUUAGCAGCUAAUUAGCAUUUCAUUUUUGAGGGUAAAUACAGGCAAAAAUAUUGAUAAAAGUCACCUUGUCAGAGAGAGAUGUACACGGUUAACAAAAUGUCACACCAGGGUAAGCCAACAUGAAACACAGCCCUCAUUUUAAGUGUUUCUAAAAUUCCCUAUGGGAAAAAUUAAUGUUGUAAAAAUGAUUGGAACCAUUUCCCUGUUUGACCGCUAGGUUGUAUGGGUAUUAUGACACCUCCACCGUGGGGCUCUAUGAUGCUGACAGAUAUGCACUGCAGAUAACUACAAUAUUGCAAUACUAUAAAUCAUAUGCCAUGACAUGACAUUGAAUGACAGCCCUGGGUACUAGUCUCUUUAGCUAACAUUCCACUCCAUGUACUCCAUGUCAUGUGCCAUGUGUUUGUUUUUGACUUUGUUAUUUAUUAUAAUUCAAUUUUUGAGGCUCCACAAGUUAUCAUGGAAAAUAUUUAUGUUAUUUCCAACAACCAAUGAGAAACUCUGCCAUAAAUCCAAGUGCAUAUAGAUGGGUUGGUUGUUUAGUAACAAAACCGAUGCGUGUGCAACUAUGGGGCAAAACAGACGGGGUUGGCUUAGAUUGUUGACAACAUGUAAACUAUAUUUCUUCUCCAAUGUUUAUUGAAAACAUAAAUAAAUGUGCACAAUGAGCACUUAUUGUCUCUCAAAUACAUCGAUACAGUUGUUGGUUAGCUAGCUAGUGAAUUUGAGUUAUAUUAGCAUUGACAUAAAAUCAGUCAAAACAAGACAUUGUAUCAAGAACCAGAUGAAACUAGCUGGAACAAGUCGCUUACGAUUCCCCACUUGGCAGUUUCUUGUCAUUGUUGGUAGCUAUCUGGCCAUCCAGAAUCGCAACAACUCACAGACUUCUGGCCGAAAGGCCAGUCUCUUUGGCAAUGAAAAGGAGUGGAAUGUUAGCUAAAGAAACAGACUCAUGUAUACUGUUCAGUUGCAAAACAUAUACCAUAUGUAAUAUAAGCGCCUACAGACCUUUACCAGAGCCCAUGCAUACAGCCUGGUACUGUAUUCAACUGUACUGAAGUGCUAGCCCAGAGCAGAAGGCAGUGUGUUGGAGCUCUCUCACUCUACAGCUACAUCUAUCUUACUGUAAUGUUAUGUUUAACCUUAGUGCAACUGAGAUUAACACAAUUACCUCUCUUUUCAAGAAGUGUAUUCAUUGUCAACUCUAGUCAACCGAGCUAAGCCUUUUUUCCUCAAAUAACAUGCUGAGACAACCUAGAAAGGAUGUGUGGGUGACGCUUUCAAACCUCUUCCAUUAAGAUAUCCACAAUUAAAAUACUGUAAAAACAUCAGACAGGACCAAAUAUUUCAUUAACAUCGGGACCAACCAGGGAUAUAAUUAAUUCAUUAGUACAUAAACCAUUUAUCUUAAUCUUAUCCUUAGAAAUACCCCAAGAGUUUCCAGCCAUGCGUGACCCCUUUGAGAGACGACUUUGCGUGUACACACAAGUAGCAUUGGGAACAAGCUGAAUGCUCCACUUAAUAACAAAGUGAAUGAGAGAAAAGGCAGACAGAAGGGGUGAAGCUCAACCCUUUCUCCACCCUCUCCCAGUGCGAGAUCUGACAUGUGUCAUUGAAUUCAGAGAGCAGGUCAUUUCUGUGCACCAAUUUUCUCUAAACGUGCACAUUCCUGUCUGUCACGCACACAGACAGAGGUCAGGCCUACUCCAGUGACAGCACUGUAGCAAAACAUGUAAAUCCAAACAGGACUUUAGAAAUGUACUUACUUUACUAGUCAGCCAAAGAAGAAAAGCAUCUCAUAACCUAAGAAUUUGCUUGUUGGCUCCAUUUUCCAAACAGUUAACUUGACCUGCUAGAAUACGAUUCUCCCAUUUCGAAUGACUGUAUUGAUACUUGUGCGAUUACCCUAACAGUGUAGAUUAACGGAGGAGACUGUAGAGCCACUGUCAUAUACAAUCAUCCUCUUCAGUAUUUCUGGACUAGUAAUGCAAUCAUUAUCAUGCUGUGAAGUUAGUUUUGAGGCCAAAACAGAACUAUAUAGGAGCAUAUAGAAUGCUCUCCACCCCUACACACUCUCUCCCCAAACCUCAUCCAUCCCACUUAAGAGUUCCCUUACCUCCUCCUAUCAGGGUGUUUCCCGUACCCCAGAGAUCUCAUUGACUCCUGUACAAAAAGCUUGACCGCCUCAGCCCCUCAUCCGGGCCGGGCUUACCAAGAGCAUGUUGUCAUGACAACAGCAGGGAUUUGCUGCAACCCGAGUAGAGCAAGUGAGCUUUCAGAUAUACUGUAUGGGCUCAGACGAUGGAAUGGUGCAGGCAGCCCUUCUCCACUUCUCCCCAUGGCCUUCCCAUGCAAUAUAAUCUCCCCUCCAAAUCUGACUGGAUCACUUUUCUUUGCGGAUGAAAUGAAGCAACACCUUCACUUAGUCAAUAGUAUCAAAGUGCUGGUCCUUAGAUGGGGUUGAUGGUGUCUUCACAAAUACAUGUAUCCCUCUGUGAGAGCAGUCACAGGUUCUACAUCUCAUACAGUACAUGCACUUAUUGUCUAACAGUCAGCCCCUCCCGUCCCCACCACACGGUUAUAAUGCAAGACUACAGAAUGAAUUGAUCUGAUGUUGUAUUCCAAUUGCAAACAGGUAAGAUUUUUCUGUUAACAUGUCAUGAGACAUGAUAACAUGGUAACUUGUCAUGUCCUAUCAAAUCCUCCCUGAAUGGAGUUGCCUGUGCUGAAUGGAACAUUAACAUUGGACUGCCAUGUAGUGAGUCACAGAAGAAGUAACAUCUAACAUCCCUUAUAGUCUGGAUAAUAGAUUUAAUUAAUUAAUACAUUCUAAUCUAUUAACUGGGAGUCUAAUCUAUACUUUGAAAACUAUGUUAUUGUACUAGAGGCCCAUCUGUAGUGGUAAUAUAAUGUUUCAUUAGCUAAGUAGUGCACUAUGUCUUAAUCUACCCUUUAAUGGUUGGCCCAGAGAUCCCAUGUAGUCAUUAUGGCAGUGGAUGUCUGGUUUUGCAUGCCAUAGUCUAGUCUAACUAACUGCUUGCUGUUGUCUUGUCUGCUUGUCUUGUGUCUGUGUGUGGUGCUUGUUUGGAUGUCUUAUCUUGAUGUUGUCCAGCUCCAUCCUGUUACUGUAACUCUUGACUCACCAUCCAUGUCUCAGACUGUCCCGUCAGUCCUGUUGCUCAAUGCACAUACUGGAUAUAUCUGUUGGUUAUCUAUGUUGGAAGGUGUCUCUCCUAAACUGUUCUCUUCUUUUUUUUCUUCUUUUUGUUGUUGUUGUUUUCCAACUGUCAACUUUCUGCAAUGGCAGAGCAUCUUGGGAUUGAAUUUAUGGGUAUGGAACAAUCCUUCAUUUGAAUUCCCAGCUUGACUAGAGCUGUGUAUUAGAUCUACUUCCGUUCUGUUUGACAUGCUUCCAUUCCCUCUGGACUCUAAAGUAAAUGGUCCCAUUGAUUAACCAAUCAAUCUGUCAAUCAACCAUAACCGUAAGUCAUUGGGCUGAAAAACGCACUGGCCAUGCCCUGUGGAGCUGAACCUCCCUCUAACAUUAUCAUGGGUGUCCUGAUCUGCAGCCCUCAUCACUACAUGUACAAUACAUUAGACCAUGUAAACAAUCUGACAGGAGAGCAUGAGCUGGUUUCUUGAUGAGCUGGUUUCUUGAUGAGCUGGUUUUAAGGGAGUAUAGACUUGUAGAAUCAAUAUGAAAGCCUGCUUGAUUCAUGGAUCCUCCCAUAUGGAGUAGACUAGAUUCCCCCUCCGUCCAUCCUCUCCUCAGGCAGAAGUGGUGUCCUACUAGAGUGUGACUCCCUCUGGAAUCUUCUCUCCGGGUUUGAUGACUUCAGACUUAUCUGCGUAAGCCUCCGUGGCUCUCAGCGAGCCUGCUGUUUACGUCAGAAUAAACAGUGCGAGUGCGUAGUUUCAUGUGAUUCUGUUAGCACUCACCGGGCUAGUGUUAACACUAGUGUGAAUUGAAUUACAUUACUCGGAAAGAGUCGUAUAACCUCUCAGCCCUCCUUAGACACGUAAACACACACACACACAAAUAUACCUCCCUCUCUCUCUUUCACACUCUCCCUCUAUCUCUCUCGUACAUACACACACACACACACACACACACACACACUGUUCAGUACUUCCCGUACUGUACUUUUAAUUGAUAGUGAUGGCACAUGUUUUAAUGGUCCACCUAUUAUAAAGCAGGAACUGUACCAUGUUUCAACUUGUAUUAGCCAACGACAGAAUCCAUAGCCGCAUCAUUGACACACAGACAGGAGCUCAGGAUGAGUGCUGCAAAUAGGACACCCAUGUUCUCCUCUAUCAACCAAAGCCUUCAGGGUUUGCUUCAUGUUUUCCCCUCCUCUACCUCUGCCCCCUGUUAGCAUGCUAUGCCAGGUUUACAGUUGACUACCCCCCCCCCCCCCCCCCCCCAACAUCUUAACUGUGUUAUUAUCCUCAUCUCCUCAACACUUCACCUCUAACCUCUAUCCUCCUCUCAUUUGAAACCUCACUAUACUUGUUUGUAAGUCAACCUUCUCUGUUCUACCUGCACCCAUUCAUUUCUUUACUAUGGUUGAGAAUUGUCUGUAAAAGUAGAAUGCUUUGUGUGACUGUGCUCUUUUUAAUUAAGUUACUGUGGUAUGAGCAUGUCAUACCUUAUUUAGAGCAUACAGAAAUAGUCUGUUCUUUCAGUACCUCCUUUCCCGAGGAAUUGCCUGUGAUACUAGAGUUGUAUAUUUUCUUAUGAGACCUCACUGUAAAAAAAAAAAUGGUGGAACUACAUUCAGGUAUAUUUGUGUGAGGCUCCGAGAAUGUUUCCUCUCACUGUUGAAAAUUCUUUAUCGCUAGAUAACAACCAAUACGGCUGACCUAUUGCUCUUUUCCACUAUAAAUAAAUAGUAGCCUUGGUGAUUUAUUUAUAGUGACAGAAAACAGAGUUGCAGCGACAGGCUGAUGUAAAAUGGCCUGUGCUGCUGGUGAACGAAGGGAGUGGGUGAGAGAGAGAGAGGCAACCUCAGAUGGGAGGAGCUGUACAAAUGCAAUUCAUUUUUAUUACAUUAUUUAUCACAGGCCCACUACUACCAUCAGUAUUUCCCUUGUUCCCUUGUAUUUCCCUUGUUCCCUCGUAUUUCCCUUGUUCCCUCCACUCUCCCCUGGUUAAGCCACAUCCUCCCCUCCUCACAGGAGCAUUUCUAUGGGAAAGGAAAGAGGUUGAAAAUACAUUUUAGUUAAAUGUUUUGUAACAUUACAUGUAAUAACAAUAGUUAAACAAAUCUUAUUUUUUGCAUUCAUUUGUGUUAUACUAGAGAGCGUUGAAUGUAGAGCAUGUUCAAAGCCUGCAGGGACCCCUUACCUGCGAUUCUGCUUGUUUGAGUGCCUCAGUGUAAAAUGGUCUAGCAGAACGGACAGUGAGAGGAUGAGAGGCCUCUAUGUAGCUGAGUGUUGAUCUGAUGGGCUAUUCGUCAGAAGCGAUCCCUUGGAUGAAUGAGGCACUCUUACAAUCAGAGCAGCAGAUUUGGGACAGUGUUUCUGUUUCAACCUGUUUUGGGUAGACCUCCAUUAGAGUGAUGCUUCUAUAACAGUGAUCCAUAACAGCGACAUGAGUUACAGUAAACCCAGCCCAACCAUUCACACUGCAUUUACACAACACGUAUGCUACAGUAAUUAACAUGAAUUUAAUAUCAUUUCUAGAGAAUGCUGUACAAAUUCCCAGUUAAUGUCAGCCAUCUAAAUGUCAAACAUUUUGAGCGCGUUUCUAAUAAGUACCCCAGGCAUCUUGUUUGGUUAAGGAUGUUGAAACAACAAUUAUUCCAAUAAUAACAAUUCAUAUUUACUAGCUUUAACUGGCUUAUAUUAUGUCUAUUGCUUUGAUACACGUACAGAGCGAGAGCAGCAUCUGCUGUAUUGGUUAGUGUAGGAGUAUAGAACCUGUGGAGACAGGAGGAGGGGUGUGGGAUCAGGAUAUGGUGUGAAGGGAUACAGAUUAUGUGUUAACAGCUUCAACUUCAAGGGACUGAUGUUGUUUUGUUCUUUUUUCCUUGUACUGUGUGUGUGUGUGUGUGUGUGUGUGUGUGUGUGUGUGUGUGUGUGUGUGUGUGUGUGUGUGUGUGUGUGUGCGUGCUGUCCACAGAGGCGGAGGAGCUCUAUCAGAAAAGAGUCCUGACAAUCACGGGUAUCUGCGUGGCUCUGUUGGUGGUGGGAAUCGUGUGUGUGGUGGCCUACUGCAAAACCAAGUAAGCCAGCCCAGGGCAGUAUACAAUAGGUUUAGCUGUGUUCGAUAGACCCUAGCAUAGACGGUUAUCUCAACUCCAGUGCUAUGUGAGUGACUGGGGUAUUCUUCCUCCACAGGAAACAGAGGAAGAAGAUGCACAAUCACCUGCGGCAGAACAUGUGUGCAGAUCACCCCAACCGGAACCUAGCGAACGGACCCAAUCACCCAGGACCUGGCCCUGAGGAGAUACCCAUGGUAGAUGUGAGUCAAACAUCCAUUGAUUAUUUUACUGACUGAUCUGUUAUGAUUAAUGGAUGGAUAAGUUGAUUUUUUAUUUAUAUGUUCGUUUGUGGAGUUUUUGUACUAUAGGAUACAUAAUUUUACUUUCCUAUAGUAGACCAUGUGUACUCUCUUGAAGGGUAGUGAUGUCACAGGUUAACUGCCUUCAAUAACUAAGCCUCUCCCUCCAGAACACACACACGGUCAAUCAACAGAGCUUCAAAUCUGUCAGGACAGUCUUUGUAGUAGUAAUGUGCGUAAAGUUACAUAAUUUCAUACCAUCUCUCCAAACCCUUUCUCUGUGUGUUUUAGUAUAUCUCAAAGAAUGUGCCUGCAACAGAGCGAGUCAUACGGCAUGGAACAGUGGCCUCUUUCCCCGGCAGCCAUGCGUCUUCCAGAUCUCACAACUCCUAUACCCAUGCCCAUUCAUCCACUCACAGGUAACCCCGCCCUCACUCAACAUCCACCUUACACUCUACACGCACUACAGGUAAAUGUUUUGACAUGCACAUCCACACACACAGGAGAAUUCACACAGGCAUACACCUACACCCUAGACAAUACUCUGGUUGAAACCUAUGUUUUGGUCCUCUCUUAUCUCAGACACGAGGAGCGGACGUGGAGCCUGGAGCGGACUGACAGUGUCCUCUCGGACUCGCCGGGCAUGACGUCGUCCUCCGUGGGGACCAGUAAAUGCAACAGUCCUGCGUGCAUGGAGGCCAGGGAUAGACGUGCCGCACACUGUGGCUUUACUGUGCCCCACCGGCCGGGCCUGCACUACGGAGACUCGUUCGACUCGCUGGGGGACUCUCCACACAGCGACAGGUGGGAAAGGAAUAGGCCCAUCUCUGUGGUUAUGGCACUGGGGCAUGUUCUAGUGCCCACCGUAGGAGGCCUCGUUUUACAGCUGGCUCUCUAUCAGCCCCUGGAGGCCAGCGAGGGUACUUUGAAAGCGUCAAUGGCAACUACUACUCUACCAUAGUCAGACAGGAUGAGUUAGGCCAGGCAGGCCUCAAAAUUGCUACUGUUUUUGUGUCCUGUUCUGAUAAAGGAUAAAGUAGGUAUAUUAAAAUUCAGUUAUAUCCAGUUGUAUUUUGCUAUAUUAAGGUCAAAAGUGUUUUGCGUGUCAAAGCCGGUCAACAGGAGAGAGCCCACAUACAGCUGUAUUUCUUGUGAAGAAUUUGCUAUGUCAAGCCCACUGUUCUGUACUGUACUCCCCUAACUCUGUAUGGCAGCAAAACAGGAGGCUGGAUACCGUAAGGGCUUCAUUAAGACAAGGAGAGUAGAACAACAGAUCUGAUCUCUGGGGUGGAGCUCUAGCGAGCAGGUCUCUGGUGUGGCUGUGGUUGUCAACUCUACUGUGAUCUCCGCCCUGGGUUGCUGUAUGCCUAAAGAUCGAGCACAGAUGUUAUUGUAGGGACACAUCUUCAUCUUUUCCAGAGGUUUAGCGAAGUUUACAGAACUUUUGUUUCUAUUCACUCAUUUUAGCUGGAACCACUCAUUUGUUUCAAUUAAGAUGGUAAGAUUUUAGUUUUAGAGUGUUUAAGUUAGUGAGAGUGAGCUCAGCUAAUAGCUACGGUGGGUUAUAAUUAACAUUUGACUGAACAAUGCCAGGCAGCGUCACAAUGCUAAUCUUUCCAACAGGAUUACAGUGGAAUGGUGAUUACCUUUAUUUUAGAUUUGCCAUUGGAUCUUUCAGAUGCUUUCUCCUAAAGUGUAUACUGUGUUUUUCCCCAGUGCCAUAUAACAUAUGAAGGAAGAUGGACUGUACUGGGGGAGAGGGACACUAGUUUAAUGGGACAUAUCUACACGUUGUACAAUAUAAACAUUAAAACACCUCAAAAUUCAGCACAACACAGCAACACACACACUGAUGUUUUCCCUAGAUAUAAGCCUUCUCUAAGGCUAAAGGCAGUGUUGGGGAGUAUUGAACUACAUGUAGGCUAGUUCAACUAGGCAUUUAACUACAUUUUGCAGUAGCUUGGUGGUAGCUUAACUAAAUUAAAAUCUUGGUAGUGUUUUCAGUAGUUAAUAACUUUUUUGCCGUGUAGCAGUGUAGCUAACUACUGGAACUACACACUACUUUUUUUUUGGCACAAAUCUAAUAAAAUAUGGGUGAGGUAGGCAAGAAUUUCCUUUCUUUUUCAUCGUUUUUAUGUUUAAUAAGCUAAAUAACACUUUCUGUUAUUAUGACCCCAAAGUGAUGUGAUCCUUGCAAUUUGUAGUCAAUGACAUUUCAGAUUUACAUAUGAUAAUUUUUCACAAAGUAGUUUGGAUGUGGUGAACUACUUUUUCAAAUAAACUUUAGUUAAGUGAACUUUUUGUUUCUUAAGGGUAGCUUUAGUGUAGCUUAACUUCUUCCAGUGUGAAGUAAUUGGUAGCUUGGUUAACUAUAUUUUCAGAGUAGCUUCCCCAACACUGGCUAAAGGUCACAUUAACCAAUAAGAUGAACGCAUUCAUGAACAUAACAAAGAUAUAGCAAACUGACUGUACAGACAAACAGGAUAUCACAAACACCAUCCACACACAACUGACAAACCUCUGCACACUAACUCAACAACAUUUCUUACUGCUGUUUGUGGAUGGUGGGUCCCUGUCCCACGUCACUCUGUUAGACAUGACAUCUAACUCAGCUGCUGCUGUUUGGCCUGGUCCUCUCUCUCCUCUCCCUGCCCUUCUCCUCCCCACUCCCCACCCCAUCUUCACCCUCACCACAGGUAUGUGUCGGCCCUGACGACGCCGGCCCGCCUCUCUCCAGUGGACUUCCAUUACUCACUGCCCCCGCAGGUGCCUACCUUCCAGAUCACCUCCCCCAACACCAGCCAGGCCAUGUCCCUUCCGCCAGCCGCCCACACCCCCUACCCUCUGGAAGAUGACCAGCCUCUGCUGCGGCGCUACCAGGUGCCCCUGCACGAUGUCCAGCGCCAGGAGCCCUAUCGGCAGCAGCGACGCACCUACCUGAACGACAGCACGGGCAGCCUGCCAUCCAGCCCCUACCGGCUGGCUGAGGAAGAAGACUACGAGACCACGCAGGAGUACCUCUCCUCCCGAGAGCAACCAAAGAGAAGUGGGUCAGGCAGCGGUGGUGGUGGGGGUCGGCGCUUGCGGAGGUCCAGGCUGAACGGCCACGUAGCGCCGCGAGGAUAUGAGGCAUCACGGGACUACGGCUCUCGCAGCUGCCUGACGGACAGCGAGUCGGAGGAGGAGGAGGGCGAGAGCACGCCCUUUCUCAGUAUGCAGAAUAUGAAUGCCGAGCCCUCCACCAUCUACAGGCCGGCCGACAGUCGGACUUCUCAGUCGCACUCUUCGGGGCGGCACGGUGCACGCGGGAACGUACAGACCAGACAGACGCACUCGCGGUCCAAACCGGACAAUGCACCCCAC